AUGCCCCAGCCAGGCGAGCAACAUUAUGAACCCGACUUAGAUGUAUGCACAUUGGCAAAAAUUUGUAAUCACACUGGCUCUCCGGAAUGUGGGAAGGAGAAGAAUGAUUUAGAUAAGAGAAUAUUUUUAGAUCAAUGUGAUAGGUUUGAAUUUAACUGUGACUACAAUAAAGAUUACAUUAACAUACCAUAUGAUGAAUGUAAACAAGAUACUGAGGAGCGAUCAAUUAAUAACUUGUCCACAAAGGAGAUAUUUACUACGUCUGAACUCCUAAACACGACCGAAAGUAAUUUCGAACGCCAAUCGUCGAAGGCACCUCAUUCUGAUUACCCUUCGAAGACGAAUCGACUGAAGAUUCCAACUCAAGAGUUCAUAUGUCAACUACAGUUAUUGAAGAAACCACAGAACAUGAAGAAAAAAUUA